GUUGAGGAUUUCAAGGGUUUCUGAGAUUUGAGAUAACAAACAGCAAUGGCGAAUCAAGUGAUCUCUGGAAUCAAGGAGACAGCUCAAUCGAUCAACGGCGCGGCUCGUCCGUGGGGCGACUUCCUCGAUCUCUCCGCUUUCAGCUUCCCAUCCUCUUUCUCCGACGCCACGACUCGCCUCACUCAGAACCUCACUCAUUUCCGCAUCAACUACACUCUCAUUCUCUCCGUCCUCCUCGCUCUGACCCUGAUCACACGCCCGAUCGCCAUCCUCGCCUUCGUCGCCGUCGGUCUAGCUUGGUUCUUCCUCUACUUCGCUCGCGAGGAGGCGCUCACCGUCUUCGGAUUCACCGUCGACGACGGCGUCGUGGCGGUGCUUCUCAUCGGUCUCACGAUCGCGGCGCUGGUCACCACCGGAGUUUGGCUCAGUGCUCUCACCACCGUUGGAUUCGGAGCUCUGAUCUUGUCUUUACACGCGGCGCUGAGAGGAACGGAGGAUCUUGUGACGGAUGAUCUGGAAUCGCCAUAUGGACCGAUGCUCUCUACGGCCGAUAACGGUGAUUACAGUGGGAUUUGAGCUGCAUUUUGCUGCUAUGUCAUUUGUUUGACGAAUUUGGGGAUUUAGGGUUUUGUUGUUUGUAACUAAACUCUGAUUGUGUUCAUUAGUAAACAUUGUGCAAGACUUUAAUGAAUCCAAUCAAAGUUUAUACAA